AUGCUUACGCGACGCUCUCACAACAAAUCCAGACACGGUAAGAAUCAUCGUCAUGGAUUUCUUGUGAUUCAGCUGAUGGAUUUCAAUACAGGUUGUUCCAAUUGUAAGAGAAGAAGAGUAAAGUGUGACGAGCAACGGCCAUUUUGUAAAAAUUGUGAACAUCGACAUGAUGAAUGUGUCUACAACGCCGAAGGGCCCUAUUUCUUCGCUGAACAUCAGUCUCGACCGAGACGAAAAAGAUCGUCUGCGAGUCAGUCCCAUGAGGCUCUGCCAACCUCCAUGUUUGAUGCCUCGAGUAUCUUGAACAUCCCCGGGGCCGCAGAGGGAUCAUCAGUUUCCUCUUCACUAAACAUGGAACAGCUAGAGCUGGUGAUCCAGUGGAUGAUGCAGACACAUGAACUUCUCGCUCGUAACGAAGAAACGCGGAAAGUUUGGGAGAUGGCCGUAUUACAAGAGGGCCUGCGAGCACCAUUCCUAAUGCAUGGGAUCCUGGCCGUGUCCGCCCUCCAUCUAUCACACAUUCGUGAACCCGAGCAGGCCAAAUGGCUAGGAGUCGCGCUAUCCCACAAAAGCCGUGCGCUAUCAGUGUUCUCAGCCCAGCUUCUCAACAUUGACCAGUCCAAUGCUAAAGCGAUGGUGGCAUUUGCAGGUCUAGUCGUGGUCUUUGGUCUAGGAGCCGCCCUCAUCCCGGGAAAUGAAGUCGGCCCUAGCUUCGACACGCUUCUUGAGAUCUUCACUCUGGCACGCGGGAUGCAGACUGUCCUCAGUGAGGAGUUCCAGUUCAUAAAGCAGAGUGACUUUGCACCGCUGUUUGACAUAACACCACCGAAAAUAGUAUUCCCGCCUGAUAUCUUGAAGGCCUUUAAUUCUCUGGACGAAUUAAACAUUCAAUUCGGUCAGCAGUCGACGCAUCAUAAAACUACCGUCUAUCAGCCAUUGAUCAAAGAGUUACGAGAACUCGCAACCUUUAGUUUGGCCCUGCCGACAUCAAUGACCCUUGUUGGUGGGUGGGCAAUCCGAGCGCCGAAAGAGUUCAUAAAUGCUCUUAUUAGUCGGGAGCCAUUUGCUCUUGUAUUGCUUGCUCAUUUCUGUGGGCUUUUGCACAUAAGUCGUGAGAACUGGUGUGUGGGAGCUUGGGGCCGUAUCGUUCUAGAAGAGGUUUAUCAUCUACUCCCCCUAGCUGGCUGCUCUAUAUUCAAUGGCCAGUUGAGUAUGCUCUGGGAGAGUGAAGCAAUCAGUUAUUUGUUUCAGCAGACAGUUGCGCAACGUAUCUAA